GGCGCGAGCCCGCUCAUCAGUCGCAAUCGAAACGCGUAGCAAGUCGGAUCGUCGUCGUGCUCAGAAGAAAAAUGGUCGUGCCAAUACGGGAGUCCCAGGACGUGUUUGGGAACAAGAAGCGCAUCCGGAUCGAGAACAACCGGGACAACCUGCAGAUUAUCGGCAACCAGAACCGGAUCCUGGUCAAGGCGAACGAGGGAACGCUGAACGUGAUCGGGAACGCGAACAACGUCAAGAUCAUGCGGAACUGCGGCACGUUGAACUACGUGGGGAACCAGGGCUCGAUCUACCUGAGCGAUCAGAGCAAGUCCGUCAAAGUCAACUACACGGGGAACAACGCCAAGAUUCGGGUCUGCGACCACGAGCAGCUGUCCGAUCGGUUCCGGUGAAGUUCGCCACGCCAGUGUGAUGUGAUGUGAUCUAGUUCUGCGAAGCGAUGCGAAAGAGAGAAAGAGAGGCAAUGGAAACAAUAGAAUAGCACCAAUUACAUGACUUGAUUUGAACUGCAAAACCGCGUCAAGCUUGUAUACUUUUCUAGUGAAUUAUUUAGCGAAAUGCGGCACGCGUGAAUCGCGGACGUUCAACGGGAACUCAGUAUUAGCCAGAACCUUCAAUUUUGUACGGCGAAGAAGGUCAACCAACCUAAAAAAAAGGAAACAAGUCUGAUUAGAUCUUUAAGUUAGUGUGUACUUUUUUUUCUCGAAAUACAGAAGCAAUCAUUGUAACCGAA